UGCUCAGCCUGCGUGUGACCGCCACUCAGAUGUCACUCCCUAGAAGAUAGAAUCACACACUCCCUUCCCUCUCGUUGCUUUCAGAAAUAUCGAUUAUCAUAUUGUGGAGUAAUUAUUGAUUUACAAACCUUACUCAUACUUCGGAGCUAAUUGACGCCCAAACAGUGUUUCACCUAGCUCUAGGCCUGUCAAAAACAGAGGUGUCAAAUAACUGCAGUGAAUGAAAAGACCUAAGCGGACUUAGAGAUGAAGACAAGACUUAAAGGCCCAGAGGAGUACAAGUUCAGGGAUCUAACUGUGGAAGAACUAAAGAAUGUAAAUGUGUUUUUCCCACAUUUCAGAUAUUCCAUGGACACCUAUGUUUUCAAAGAUGAUUCCCAGAAAGACUUGCUGAAUUUCACUGGUACUAUUCCUGUGAUGUAUCAGGGUAAUACAUAUAACAUACCAAUUCGUUUGUGGAUUUUGGAUUCUCACCCUUUUGCUCCCCCCAUUUGCUUCUUAAAGCCAACUGCAAAUAUGGAAAUCUCAGUUGGAAAACAUGUGGAUGCUCAAGGCAGAAUAUACUUGCCCUACCUCCAAAACUGGAGCCAUCCUAAGUCUGUCAUUGUAGGAUUAAUCAAAGAAAUGAUCGCCAAGUUUCAAGAGGAACUGCCCCUGUAUUCCUUCUCCCCGUCUGAUGAGGUGCGGCAGGUGGACUUGCUAGCCUACAUUGCAAAAAUCACUGAAGGUGUCUCUGACAUAAAUUCAAAGAACUCAGCAAAUUAUGAGAACAAAACAGUAAAGAAAAUUACUGUGGUUGGAGGUGGAGAACUAGGAGUUGCCUGCACAUUAGCAAUAUCAGCAAAGGGCCUUGCAGACAGACUCAUCCUCUUAGACCUCUCAGAAGGGACUAAAGGAGGGAUGAUGGACCUAAAUAUCUUCAACCUGCCUAAUGUGGAGAUCAGCAAAGAUCCGUCUGCCUCUGCUCAUUCCAAGGUGGUCAUCUUCACAGUGAACUCUUUGGGAAAUUCUCAGUCCUACCUUGAUGUGGUACAGAGAAAUGUGGAUAUGUUCAGAGCCCUCGUCCCAGCUCUGGGACAUUAUAGUCCAAACAGUGUCCUGCUUGUUGCAUCUCAGCCAGUGGAGGUCAUGACCUACGUGACAUGGAAACUGAGUGCAUUUCCUGCAACUCGAGUGAUUGGAAUCGGAUGCAAUCUGGACUCACAGAGAUUACAGUAUAUUAUUACAAAUGUCUUGAAGGCACAAACUUCAGGAAAACCAGUGUGGGUUAUUGGUGAGCAGGGAGAAGACAAAGUGACCAAAUGGGAUGGCCAAGAAGAAGUAAUGAGUCAUAACAACGCUCAGGUGCAGCUGUCCACCAGAGCCAUGGAAUUAUUAAGGGAAAAAGGUCAAAGAUCCUGGUCUGUUGGACUAUCAGUAGCUGACCUGGUUGACAGUCUUAUAAAUGAUAAAAAGAAAGUGCAUUCUGUAUCAGUUUUAGCAAAGGGAUAUUAUGGUAUAAAUAGUGAAGUGUUUUUAAGUUUGCCUUGCAUCCUUGGAAGCAGUGGGGUAUCUGAAGUCAUCAGAAGCACAGUGAACGAGGACAGAGUGACUGAGAAGCUCCAAGGCAGUGCAUCAUCGCUCCACGAUCUCCAACAGCAGCUAAAACUUUGAGCCUAAAGUUCAGAGUUACCUGAAAGGAAAGGUCAUUUAGUUUUGCCAACACAUAUAGGGUUGAGAAAUUCUGUAUCUUAUUACUUAUCCUUACAAACUGCUUGGUUAAGGUAGAUGGUUUUUUGCUUAGUUUUGUAAUUUAAAUUCUUAGGGAGUUACAUAAUGGGGGGGUCCAAUUUUCUUUAUUGUUCUUGGGAUAUCUGUAUCAUUUUUUAAACUUGUAGCAGAGAUAAACACUGCAGUAUGCAUCAUGUAAAAUUCUGUAUCCUCAACUAAAAGCACAUUCAGCACUUUGGGAAUAUUUUGAAAGUAAUAUAUUUUCAGAAGACCAUUACUCCCUGACAGUUACAGUAAACGUGAUGACCUGAAGGUCCAUUCUGGAUUUAGGAAAUCUGUGCUAAGUAUGCAUUCAAAGGAUCCACAGUUCAAGGUAUUGCUUCCUCUUUAAAAUACAGUUGGCAGUAAUGGUAGUAAAGUAUUUUGUUUUCCCUCUUCAAUUAAUUAGCUACCAAAUAUGGAAAAUAAUUUAUAUGUACUUUAAAAUAGUAAAGGGGAAAAUGAAAAAAUUUUUAAAUAUAUGAAGACAAAGUAUAGUUUAACUUCCAUUGGGACUGUCCUUUUUGAAAUUUUUUAUAAUCUCUUUCUGGACUAUAUCCGAUCUCUAAUAUCAUAAACUAACUCACUGUAAUAUUAGUAGAAUCAUAGAGAAAUGUGCAUUUUGAUGGUGAACAAAAGCCAAGCAGUUUAGUUUAAAGCUGAAACAUGAGGGGGAGAGGCUAGACGGACUGGUUAUUCUGAGCAGACCCUUUAAUGACUCCAAGAGAAAUGAUCAGAGUCCGUCCACUUUGAUGCUGGGUCGACAACAGUACGUUCGCAUGCGAAAGAUGGCCUGUUGUCACUAAGGUGGCGUGCAACUAACAGUGACAGCUAACAUCAGCACUUCUUCUAUUUCAGGAAGUGUGAUGAGCACUUUAUUAGUUUACUGAAUCUUCAACAGUAGCCCAUCGAGGUAGGGACUGUUAUCAUUAUCAUUUUAUAAAGCAGGGAAUUGAGCUUUAGUGACCAAGAUCUCAUGGUUGAAGGGUGUUUAUCCACAUAACUUCUCUUUUUUCUAACUGCUAGAAGAGGGAAAAGACCUAAUAGCAAAAAUAGUCACCACCACAGUAAAGCUGGGAUUCUCUACUCUUCUGUUCCCACAUAGGAGCUGACUUUUUUCCAACAUUGUUUUUAGAAACAUUAAUUCCCUGACUUCCCAGACUUGCCCUCAGCAAGCAGCAGGGGGUGGGCAGUAUGCACCGAAGUAGGUGUGUAUUUAUUUGGUCAUUCAGGGAGUAUUGACUGGGAGCCUACUAUGUAGCAGGCACUGCAGUUUUAGGUACUCCAGAUACAGUGGUGAGCAAACCUGGACUAGGUUUGUACAAGCCCUUGUGUUCCUUAUAAUUUAGUAUGGGAGACAUAAUAAUCAAAUGUCACAAAUAAAUGUGCAAUUGAAGGUGUAGUAAUACUGUGAAGAAGUCCAGGUGCUUUGAAAGCACAUCCUAAGUGAAUCCAUACCUGGUCAGAGAGAGGUAGGAGCCCAGUGGUCUAUAAGGGGAGGUAUAUCCUAGACAGAGAGGAAACAGUCAAACUAAUGUUGAUUUAGUAUAAUAACAGAUGCUUAUAAAGAUGAGCUUAAAUCAUUAAGGAAAGGUGAAAUUGUAUCACAUCCUAUGUUUAAGAAAGUGGUAAGGUAUUUAAUAUGUUUGGAAGGAUUUGAACCAGAAUUAACUAGUAUAAAAUCCUUAGACACUUGAAGAGAGGAGCUUUAGUUCUGUGUAAGUUCACUAGAUGGAAAGAUUAUUUCGGUGUUACUCUAAAAAUGUAUCCUCAUUGCCCAUUUGCAUGAGGUAGGAAAGUAAAACUGAAAGAACAAUUGCUGUUUUUUAGAAACACAACUAGCCUUUUUAAAUAUCAGACAUCUAAUGAGAAAUUAGGUAAUUUCUACUAUUUAAUAUGCUCUUAAACAAUAACCUAACUACAAGACACUGUAUUAUAGAUGAAUUGCCAAGAAUUCACUACAUUAAUUAUAAAAGAAUCAUGUCAGUACAAAUACCUACUGAACAUCUGUUAUUCGAAGUACUGUGUUAGAAUCUGAAUAUCCAAGCAGUAACAGCUCUUGCCCUACAGAAGCCCAUUGUGGCAGACUCCAGCCAGCAGAGUCAGCGGAGUCCGCCUGUUGUGGCUGACAGUGAGAAUAAAUGCA